CGGCUUGACGGUUAUGUGUCGCUCGGGGCAGGUGGACGAGCUGCUGUUGUUCUCAAUACAAAGAGAGCAGCGCCGGAGAAACACUGAAACAAAAACAUGAACACGUCUCUCUAAAUUUAAGCAGUAUCUGUUAUAUUAAAAGAAGUAAUCAUGGCGGGUUUUGUGUAAAAAAAAAGAAAUGCCGGGCCGAGUGGAGAGAAAUACAACAGAAACUGCGCAGUCAUAGUUUAAUGGGAGCGGUGACCUGAGCAGAUAUGGCAGCUGACGACAAGGUUGCCAUCCUGUCAGAGGACGAGGAGGAGCAGAAGAGGAGGUACGUGUUGGCCGAGCCGUUCAACAGCCUGUCAGUGGAGGGGCAGGCGGGAGUCUCCGAGGCACCAGAGCCCUCCUCGGACUCGCUUUCCGAGCAGCCGCCGGACUCGACGCCAGAAUCUAUAGACUGCUGCGAGAGGAUGUGCCUCCGCGUCAACAGCCGCCUCCUCAUCUCAAAAGUCUUCUACUUCUUCUUCUACUCCGCCUACGGCUCGCUGCACCCUCUGCUCGCCGUUUACUACAAGCAGCUCGGCAUGUCAGCCAGUCGAAGCGGGCUGCUCGUCGGCAUCCGCUACUUCAUCGAGUUCUGCAGCGCCCCCUUCUGGGGCGUGGUGGCGGACCGCUUCAAGAAAGGGAAGGCCGUCCUGCUGUUUUCUGUCCUGUGCUGGUUGGUGUUCAACUGCGGCAUCGGCUUUGUCAAACCAGCUGAGAUGAAGUGUAUUGAAAAAGGCAGUACUCCGUUAACGACGGUGGCGCCGGUGAUGACUACUCUACCACCCGUUAACUUCACGCAGCUGAGCAACCACACCAGACGUCGCCGGAGCUUUCUAGACCUCCCCGGGCUUCCUGAACUCCUGGACUAUGUCACCGUGCUCCACAGGCAAGAGCGAAGCCUAGACGCCAACACCACUUCAGCUCCCUUCAGUCCGGGUAACACCACCCAGCAAACGCCAAACACCACCCUCCAUACCACGACCACGACCACAACCACAACCACCGCCUCCACUGCUCCGACAGCAGCCAAGAAGAACCAGAUCAUCUUCAACAAGGACCAGGUGGAGUCCAUCUUCCUGCUCAUCCUGCUCGUCAUCAUUGUGGGCGAGUUCUUCAGCGCUCCCGCCAUCACCAUCGUGGACACCGUCACCCUGCAGUACCUCGGCAAAGCUCGCGACCGCUACGGCCUGCAGAGGAUGUGGGGCUCGCUGGGCUGGGGUCUGGCCAUGCUGCUGGUGGGCAUCUGGAUCGACCACACACACAUCACCGUCACGAUCGAUGGCGUGGGCUGCACCGUGCCCGAGUACCGCCUCCACAACUACCAAAUCGCCUUCAUUGUGUUUGGUGUGCUGAUGGGCGUGGCGUUCAUCGUUGCCACUCAGUUUUACUUUGAAAAAGGUGGCAACUACCAGCUUGAGCUUCCAGAGGGGGUGGUGGCGGAGGCAGAGGGUCCGAGAGCGUCGCCCGAGUCCUCGGGCCAGACCACUAUCGGCCCUGACCCUGCUCAGGACUUCAGCUACGCCGAUCUCCUAAAGCUCCUCUGCAGCGUGCGCUACAGCUCCGUCCUGUUCGUCGCCUGGUUCAUGGGCUUCGGCUACGGCUUCGUCUUCACCUUCCUGUACUGGCACUUGGAGGACCUGAAGGGGACCACCACGCUGUUCGGCGUCUGCUCCAUCCUGAGCCACGUCUCAGAGCUCGGCGCCUACUUCACCAGCCACAAGUUGAUCGAGCUGGUCGGACACGUCAGGGUGCUUUACAUCGGCCUGGCCUGCAACACAGCUCGCUACCUUUACAUCUCCUACCUGGAGAACGCCUGGACCGUCCUGCCCAUGGAGGUCCUUCAAGGUGUGACCCACGCCUCAGUUUGGGCAGCCUGUAUCUCCUUCCUGAGCGCGGCCGUCCCGCCGGCCCUGAGGACGUCUGCGCAGGGCAUCCUGCAGGGCCUUCACCUCGGCCUGGGCCGCGGCUGUGGAGCCAUGGUGGGAGGAGUGUUUGUCAACUACUUUGGUGCUGCAGCGACGUUCAGAGGAAUCGGCAUGGCCUCCCUCGUCAUCCUCCUCAUCUUCGCCUUCAUCCAGUUUCUGACUGGAGAGGCUGAAGGGAAAGAGGACAAAAUGCUGGCUGAAAACAUCCCGGUCCCCUUCAGCCCGGUUCCCAUCGCCACCAUCGACCUGGUGCAGGGCCAGAACGACGCCGGUAGCCCCGCCCCGGCCCGCAACGCUCCUCCGUUGCCCAUCAAGAAGACCAAACACCAGGAGGAGCAGGAGGACUUGAACAGGCCGGCCUGGGUGCUCUCUGGCGCCCCCUGGGUCACCAUCGCCUUCUCCAUCGUCCAGAUCAAAGAGAUGAUGACGAUGUUGAAGGCUGCUGGACCGCCGCCGGAGACUCAACCACUGCAGGUACCUAAUGAGCAGGCGUCGGCCGAGUACAGGGCGGUGGCGACAUCGCACAGAAACUCGAGUGAUGACGGCACAGAAACACCCGCACAAAUAAACGCCACCCACCCGGCACCCUUUGACUCUAACAAGGACAAAGACCAAACGCACCCAUGCUCAGACAGAGGAGAGGCUGCAGAAAACCCUUUCACAUCAGGAAACCCAAAGUGACGGUUCAUUUAGAAACUAUUUAAUUUAAACACACACUGACCUACAAAAAUAUCAAUCUAAACAAGUCUGUUUGUCUUGAAUUCAGCCUAAAACCUGAGUCUUCCUAGAAAUCUGUCGGUAUCAUGACAAAACUAUUAUUUAUGUACAAUUAUUGUUAAAAAAUUAACUAUUAUUAAAAAUAUCUUAUAACAAGUUGGAAAGGCUAACUUGAAGAUGUUUUUAAGACUCACAACUUGUUUUAAUUGAUUGUUUUUUUGAACGAGGAGUUUCAGGUUAAAUGUUUGGAUGAACCUGGAGGUGCGUUUGUUGGCGUUUGCCCGUCAGAGGUGGACGAAUCCAGCUCACCUCGGAGUGCUGUGCGCUAUAUUUAAUACCUUUCACUGCCUGAGUGUGAAGGAAAAAACCCUUCAAAUGUAAAAAACAAAGAUGAUGUGCCUCUUGAUGAGUUUUAUUUAUUUCAUUUGCUUAAAAAGUGAAGAAAUCUGACAAAAUGGUUUGGUUCCACAAUAACCGAGAGAGCGAACAGUGAAGUGAGGCGGAUAUCAAUGAGAUUAAAUUAAAUCGCCACUAACGAUGAAAACUAAAGAGUUAAUUACAGAAUGAAUGGCUGUUGCAGACGUCUUAAAUCCUGUCUCUUGCCUGCUGUAGGCAGUGAUGUUGGAUAUAAAAUGUUUCUGUAUGUGAUUACAGGCUGUCGGGAGACGUUGCACACCUCUAAAUCAAAAGUGUGGUUGUUGUGAUGGGGCUGCAGGAGGCUGUUUAAACACUGCAGCAGCAGCGGGACGCACAUACUGUUGGUUUCAACUCAAAUUAAUUGUUUAUUUUUGAUUGGUUAAGGUAUCCAUCAAUUUUACGUUGCUAUUAGGAAUUAUUGUUACAUACCUCUGAGAAAUAUAUUGGUUUUGCGUCAUACUUUGGCCGUAUGAUCAUAAAUUUUUAAUAUUAAAUUGGAUUUUCUUUGUAUUAAAAUGUCUUAAAUUUAGCUUGUUAAACCCGACAGGGACCUGUUACGAUAUCAGAUCCAGACGGAUCCAAAACUGUCACUUCCUUGACCUACAAAAGUAUUAAAUUUAAAAUGAGUAAGGCAGAGAGUUUAGGUACUCAACGGUUGAAAGCUCCAUAAGGAGCUAGUAAGUGGACCUUGAGUUCAGAUGCUUUUGUCAAACUGAAGAGAUUUGAAACCUUUAAAAUUGUUGCUGCUCUCGACCACACAAUCUCACCAGAGGAUCCGGUUACUAGCCGUUCUGGAGCUUUCAGUCAUGUCACAUGAUCUUCCUCAGCAGAUGGAUCUGAUUCAAGACGAUUGUGGGAUUCGAUCGAAGCUCCAGAACAGAAAAAAACCCCACACAAAUACUAACUUAAGGGCCACUUACUUUUUUUUUUUUAUGACUGUUUACGACCAUAUCUGAAAGUCUUUCUAAUAGUAUGGAGUUUGCUCAGUGAUUAAGGCAGUAAGGGAGCCAGUGAGUGAGCUCCACCCGCUGAGGCAGACAAUGACAUGCAGUUGAAAGCUACAGGGAAUAAAUUUGUAAGCAGGCCUUGAGUUAAGUUUUUUGUUGUUGAGUUGUUUUUUGUCAAACUGCUGCAAAACUUCAGACAACUUUGCAAUUUCUUGACCAACUUCAACUGCUAUUAAUAAAGUAAGUAAAGUAACUCAGAGGGAUACGUGGUUAAAAGCUCUGGAAGGAACUAGUAAGUGGACCUUGAGUGACUAAGAGAUUGAAAGGAUUCAACCUUAAAAAUUGUUCCACAAAACAGUUUCUCCAUAAUGCCAAUUUACACAAUUUCACAAAAUCUUUUAGUAGCUGUUCUGGAGCUUUCAGUCAUGUCACUUGAUCUUCCUCAGCUGAUGGAAAUGAGAUUGUGUGAAGCUCCAGAACGGCUACAAUGGUAACUCAAAGGCCACUUACUAACUGACCACAUCCAACAGUCUUCCUGAAUGGAUGGCAUUUCAGUAAUUAAGAUUUAUAAACGUAUUUAAUUGUUAUUGAGCUUCUUUCGCUGCUCCGUGAGGUUGGGAACCGGUCUAAUACUUGUAAAUAAUUGAAUCACUUAAUCUCGUUUCCAGUGCAGGUUCACACGUCGGGAACCUUCUUGUUUCAGAUUUCGUCACUUCUUUCAAAACAAAAAUCCAAUUUUGUAACUCCUAAAGAAGUGCCUCAUUUAAACAUAAUGUUAUUGUUCUAACUUAUUACUAUGAGAUGUCGAGCAAGGAGCCCUUUAGUGCCCUACACUCCUACAGUAAUAUCUGCCUUCUUCAACACAUGAGGGUUUUUUCAAAGCUCGAUUCCAAUAUUUUUGUAUUGAAGCUGCCAAAAGCCGACACACAUUAUAUUUACUUUCAUGCCAAACAAUUCCCAAAGUAUUUAGUGUUUCUGUGUCGUCUGCGUGGAAAAAACCCUCAGAAACAGAAUUAGAUGAAUGAAAUUCUGUUUCACAGGAAGUUUAAUUAUUGAAUUAAAGGAUGAUUUGGAAAAAGUGUGAAGAAAAAUGUAAUGUUUUCCAGCCUGUUCUGUUGUAUGUCAUGAAGGACAAUCUCAGCCCUUUUAACACGGUAUCAUUAAAAAGAUCUAAAAUUAAACCCCA